UUAGAAUCGGGGGUCCAGCUGUACCAUGGUUUAGAAAAAAGAGUUCUAUAUACUGACGCCACUUGACACCCUGUUCACAAACCCUUUGGGACUGGUCUGAAAAAUUCUAAGACGAGGCCUAACAAUAGUAACAUGCCUAAGGGAUCACAAAGUAGAACAUUCAACUGGGUAAACAGCAGAAUUUGAGGCCAAUGUCAGCCCAACCUGUGGACUUGGUGUUGUACAUCAGAAUGGUGCUGAAUUAUCUAGGGCUGGAGAGCAACUACAGGGAGCACGUGAAUGCUCGUGCUAAGAAAGGUCGUCAUAGAAGCUUAGUUCGUCAGAUUGGCACAUCACUUCCUCUUAAACCAGUCCGGAGAGUUCACUUCCAGAUUGUCAGUAGGAGGCAUUAUGCAAGGAGACAGAACAGAACUCCGCAGUUUAUUGACGAUGAAUGCGAGCCAAUGUACAUCGCCAAUUUAGCUGAUUUAUCAUGGAUUGACAUUUCUAGUCCUGACAAGAAUGUCCGUGGAAGAGCUGAGUUAAGACCCUUCGUCAGUCGGAGAAAAUCCCUCCGAACGCCGCGCCGGAGAACGUGUUUCAUUCGCCGGCCGAGAGAGCCCGAUAUCAGUGAGUUGUCUGACGAACCGUACGCCUCACCGAGUGUGGAGUCUUUUUCGCGUUCGCUGUGUGCGCUGGAUGCGUCGACCCCCGUCUACGAUCCGUCGGCUCUGGCAAAGAUUGGCCAGUUGGAGGAUGAGUUGUCAAAACUCCGAGCACAGAUCGCACACAUUGUGACUUUGCAGAGCCAGCAGCAACCCACAGGUGCCACCCCGGCCCCCGUGCCUCCACCACCCCCUGCGAGUGGGGGUCCGCCACCUCCCCCACCACCCCCUCCCCCACCUGUGGCUGCCUCAACUCAGUGCCUCAGUGUUGCCGGCCAAAUCAGACUCAAUCGCGCAAAGAAGGGAAAAGAAGAUUCGAGUUCAUCUAUUUCUGAUGGAGGCAAGCCCAACAUGGCCGAUGUCCUAAAAGGUCUUGGCUCAGUCAAGCUGCGGACUGUGGCAAGAUCGCCUGGUGGAACUCCAAUCCGUCAGAAGCCACGGCCGACCACCGCCAACGACGCGGCGGCGCUGAUCGCCCAGGCUCUGAAGAGGAAGUUUGCCCGUCAGAGAGCCGAAGAAAGUCCUGAUAACAAGGAGAACAAUGUCUGGGUGACGCCGUCACCGAAGAAGAACAGCCCCAGAAAUGCUAGCCCAAAGUUUGGACAGCACUUGCUAAAGCCGACCAAGCUGAGUCAGGGUACCAGAUCCAGCCGCCCGCUUGUUGAAAUUAACGUAUAGCAGUCAGUGACUUGAUCAAAGUCAUCACGUGAGAAGUGCAUGUCAUGUUUCAACAAUAUGCAAGGUACCCAGUCAUGUACAUUUAUGACGCUCAUGGCUUGACAUUUUUACUUGCAUUUUGUGCCUUUGAAUCCUACACUGAUGGCUUUGGAAAAGAUUGUUUGGCCGUUGGCCAAAUUUCCCAAGGUCAAAAUCCAGAAAAUAUUGAAAGUGGCUAACCAUUUGUGACUGGCUCCACAAAAACGGGAAUUAUGGGACUUUUUUCCAAAGUGAGUUACAUACAGAUUUGAAUUGGUUACGUUGUAAGCUUUUCUUUGGUGUAGGUUUGAACCCUGUGGCAUUUUGCAAUCUGGAGAUAUUUUGAUUUUUGCAUAAUCAUAUCAUACACA